AUGUCUGCAUCCAGUCAGACUGAUGCCUUCGCUGAGGCCUGGAAGAGAAGCGUCACCCACAAGUUCAACACAGGAACCGGGCUCGAUAUCCCUCAUCCUGACAAGCCCCCUAGAGUAUCCAUCUACGCUACUCACGAACUUGUGCAUGCCGACAAGCCUUUUCUGACUUGGAAAUCGGAACUCAUGUUAUGGCGUAAUCAAGUGCCUGGUGUCCCCAACAUCAAGCAGACCCUGAUAGACCUCAUCCCUGAAGACAACUUCGAGCAACUUGAGAAGGUCUACCAGUACAUCUACGCCGUCGCAGAGCUUGAAGAGUAUCACAAAGUCAGACUGNAAAAGGCAAACACCGAGUUGGAGGAUUGGAAGCACGUCGCUAAGGAGGGUCGUGACCGAUUCGAUGCUCUCAAGAAGNCAAAAGGGGCCGAUUACGUUGCUGUCGCAUGGCAGGAUGCUUUGCUUGACCGAGCCCAAGGCAGGGUCAUUCGUUGGGCCGAGAUCGUCGCCCAGGAAAAGGAACGGGUUCAGCGACAAGAACGCAAGGUUGAUCGAUUGACUACCUCGUCUUCCGAGGCUACCGCUCUACUGAAGCAGAGACGAGGACCAGUAAUCGAGCAGAGCCCUAGCACUGAUGUGGCCUGGUGCUUACUGGUGUAUCUCACUGCUAGAGAAGAUGCAGAGAUGAAGGUAAGAGGGCAGUUGACUCAACAUUUGCAGAGUAGCAUCUCCGCCCUUGACUCACAGUGCUGA